GCUGAGUCAAACUUCUUGUGUUCCGCCAACAACCUACGGAGAGUGGAUUAAAUAGAGUGCGUUUUUGGAGAAAUGUUUCGGCGACUUUGAACCUUUUGUGUCUACCGAAGCUUGUGCGCAGGCGACUAUUUAUGCCACGAGGUGAGGAUAGUUUUUUUGAUGUCACCCUAGCAAAAAGAUGAGUUUAUGGUCUUGCCUCCGUCGCCUGCCAUUGCUUGUAGAGGAAACGCUGCUUGUCUGAGGUGAGGAGCCCCUGUCCCUUUAAGAUGCUGCGACAUGCAUUGGCCUGUCUUGAAUUCGAAGAGCCGGCCCUGCUGAGAAGAAGCAAACCAGUUUCUUCAUGAACAAGUACAACAUCGCUGUCAAGAAAGAAACAGAUCAAUUCAUCAACUUCCACCACACUUCUCUCAAAAAAGAAGCAGACUGCACCUUCAACGAGCACAGUGUUGAGGAGGAUCUAGACAUCUCCUACAACAAACAACACCACUUCCAAAAUGUAUAGGCGGAGAAGAUCCAUCUACUUACGAAGAGCACUCGUUCCGCUGUUGUCAAGCUUUGCCCUCUUGAGAAGUGCACAUCAGGUGGAGGCCGCGGGCAGAGAAGGUUUGGACGACCAAGAGGAUGAUUAUGGCGAUCCUCUACGGGGUUCACGAGUGCAGACAGGUUUGCACGAGCAAGGCCUCACGCCGGCGUGGCACUGGGAUCAAGGCCUAGUAGGAUUCUCACCCCAAACGCUAACCAGCUUCUAUGUCGAUGGGAAUUCUGAAGAGUACUUUUUACUUUUGAUGAGUAUAAUUCACUUCUACUUGAAGCGUCGUCCUGUUUUUCUCUACAAAAGAUGGCUCCUCCCGGCUGCAGCAGCGUUGGUGGAUUAGUAGAGUAGUGUUCUCAAUCCUUACAUAUUUAGAGUGAGCCUCUUCAUCCAGCAACAUCAACAUGAGCGUUAUACGACUGCUCCCUUCAGAGACUUUCAUGACGCUAUACAAAAUACAAACCCUUCAGGCAUUUCUUCCAUGACGUAGAGAAGGGUCCGGAAGUAUUUCGAGGCGGCAUGUUUAUGAUGGAUCUUUCAGGCGAUACCUUUUUCACCGGAUUUCAUAUUCUCGAUCCUGAUGGAGCAGUUCUUUAUGGAGGGCUCGUUUCUGGUGCUGGUAAAUCAUCGUUAGUGGAAUGUUGUCGUAGAACGAUGAUUUGACAAAACGAUUGGAGAUACAGUACGACUUCUAGUCACAGGUACAGGAGGACUAGUCACUUUCACCACAAAGAACUACGUGCUGGGACACGCAUAGUAGAGUAAUCUUUGAUGUUGUUGUUUCUACUUGAAGAUAGAAGUUACUUACUUCGACCCAUCUGUCUAAUCUUCGUGGCAGCCUAGUGAUGACAUCGUCGAGGGGAUGUUCCAGGUGACCGCGACAAAACCAGGGACCUACACUUUCGUAAUGCAGAAUACGCGCAGUGGUAAAGCGAUGGCGAACUUCUUCUUUUUAUGGGGGGAAAAGGAAUGACUAAUGAUUUAUCGCCUCACGUGAUCUUUUAGGAAAGGGAUCUUAAUUACUUGGUAGUUUGAGUUUCUACUUGCACAAGGCCAAAAGCACCCUCUUUCAUGUCCCCAGACCGGUGACCAGCAAUCUUUGCAUGUCGAUACCCACCAAUUCACCAGUAUGGAGGAUAGUGUUUUCGGCAUCAAACGCAAGCUUCAAGACGCUCUCACGGAAGGUUCAUAUCUGUGGAUGCGGCAGAAGGCACAUCUCACACUAGUGGAAACGGUGAAUACGAGAGCUUACUGUUAUGGUACUGGCAAAAGGGUCUAGAAUUUUUGAGCUGUUACUAUGUUCCCGUAUCGGGCGAAUAAGCGCAUCUAUUCGUCGAGCCGAAAAGUGUCGAGUAGGACAAAGGUAGAACGACAGAGAACUACCUAUAGGCACCGCUAUCCUGCUAACGUCAAUCUUCCUCUAAUCUUCGUUCUGUAUGAUUGAACUGAUCGUGCUGCUGUUUUUGGUCGUUUUCCAGCUCCUAUACAUCAAGGGUCUCAUCACUGACCGUCAAAUGCGCAGUCCGAUGUGAGCUCUCCUCAGGGGACGGCCUAUAGGGUGGCGUACAAGUCGGGAAGAGCACGAACGUGAAGUGCUGUAAAUUCUGAGACGCAUCUCACAGAAACUAGGACGUGAUGGUUCGUGAAUCUUUAAUGUCAUGUCCUUCUACGAAGGUAACAGGGGCUCCUCUGUUUUAGGCCUAACCGCUCCACAGUUGAUGUUCCUGUCAAAAACGAGAUGAACGGACUGAAGAACUCGUUCUAAUAGUUAAAUCCACAAUGGAUAUGGAGAGAGUGUUCAUGAUAACGAGAAG